AAAGAGGCAUAGAACAGCUGAAGAUCAGCAUCAAUGAGGCCGCGCUUGAUACCUUAUUGGCUCACUGUGAGAACAACCAGACAUCCAAAGAUGAUAUUGAGGAAAUGAGGAGUAAAAUGCACAAGGGUGUAGACACAUUCUGUGAUUUAGCCAAAUCCGAAGAAGAGGACCAGGUCAACAUAGGCCUGGAAGAGCUGGAGAUCAGCAUCAAUGAGGCCGCGCUUGAUACCUUAUUGGCUCCCUGUGAGAACAAUGACCAGGAAUCUACUCCCUUACUUCCGGAGCAGCAGCAGGAACUGCGUAACAGAGUUUGUAGCAGAGUCCGCCCUGGACAGAAACCAGGCCCGGAGCUGGACCCUGAGCCAGAAGGAUCGCCCAACCAAAAUCCAGGGUCCAAGAAGCCUGGGGAGAGCUUUUGUGAAUGGGUACUGAGGCGGUUCCGAGAGAUGCUAAGUCGACUGCAGAAGACCUGGCAGGCCGUGCUGGCGUGGGUGGAAAAAAAGUGGGCCUCCUUUGUCAACAAGGUGAAGUCCAUCUGGAGUGCGAUUAAGAAUUUCUGCUCCAGAGUGGCAAAGUACUUCUCAAGUUUAUUCCUGGUCUAAGGAAUCCCAUGAGGUCCUGGAGGAGCUCAGUCACACCUCCCAGCCCUUUGAUUCCUCCCACCCCUUCUCAGAAAGAAUCUUCUGGAGUAACAUUUGCUUUCCUGCUCACACAUGACCCAUCCUCAACAGCCUCCCUCACUUCCACCCUGUUCACAGCCUCUCCAUCUAGCUUGCCUGGGUUUCCUUCUCUUGCUACAGCAUUUUAAUAAACGUUGGUUGGCCUGGGGAGGGGGCAGAAGUGGGGUGGAAAAGGUCA